UGUAUUCUCUCUCUUAGGAUCUGUAAAAGUAGUACAUAAUGUGAAAGGAAAAAAAAAAACCUUAAAUUUCAAUGUCCUUUUUUUUUUCUUAUAAUUUUUUAACAGCUCUUUAAUGACAACUUAUACAUAAUAUGGAAAGAGCCUAGAUUCUGAGCUGUAACCGUGCUUUUUAACUCCAAUCUCCAACUGGGUAUUUUUCAAUUUCACUCUCUCUCUCUCUCUCUCUCUCUUGUUUUUUUAGUAUUCUCUCUCCCUCUCUCUCUACCAUUCUUCUCAGUGAGGAAAAUGGGUAGAGCAACUAGGUGGCUGAAGGGCUUGUUUGGGAUCAAGAAAGACAAAGAACAAAAGGAUAACUCGAACUCCGGCGACCGGAAAGACAGGAUGCGGGGGAGUUUCGGCCACUCGGGGAGAGACACCGGCGGAUUGUGUCAGAAUCCGGCGACCAUUCCACCGAACAUCACGGCAGCCGAGGCCGCUUGGCUGAGAUCUUUCUACAAUGACACUGAAAAGGAGCAGAACAAGCACGCAAUUGCAGUAGCUGCCGCCACCGCUGCGGCGGCAGAUGCGGCGGUCGCCGCCGCUCAGGCAGCCGUAGCGGUGGUUAGACUAACUAGCCACGGCAGAGGUACUAUGUUCGGCGGCGGCCAGGAGAAGUGGGCUGCCGUCAAGAUUCAGACUGUGUUUCGAGGAUAUUUGGCUAGAAAAGCAUUGAAAGCUCUAAAAGGACUAGUGAAAUUACAAGCACUUGUGAGAGGCUAUUUGGUGAGAAAACAAGCCACUGCAACACUUCAUGGUAUGGAAGCUCUUAUUAGGGCACAAGCCACAGUUCGUGCUCAAAAAACUCUUGGUGGCAAUUUCCACUCUCAUUUCCGAGCCCGAAAAUCGAUUGAAAGGUUUGAUGAUACAAGAAGUGAGUACAUUACAACAAUCCAUAGUAGAAGGCUCUCCGCUUCUUUUGAUACCACAAUAAAUCCAAAUGAUGAGAGUCCAAAAAUAGUAGAAGUGGACACAGGCCGACCCAAAUCAAGAUCCCGGCGGACCAACACCUCCUUGUCUGAUUUCAGUGACGACCAGUUUGGCCCAACACUCUCCUCACCCCUCCCGUGCCGGUUUCCAGCACGUUUAUCGAUACCCGAUAGCCGGAAUUUUCAUGAUUCCGCCAAUUGGGGCCUAACGUGUGAUGAGUGUCGGUUCUCCACCGCUCAAAGCACCCCUCGGUUCAUCAAUUCUAACGGGCCUAAUGGGCCUGUUACGCCAGCAAAGAGCAUUUGUGGCAGCAGUGUUUUCCGGUAUGCCGGUUUUCCGAACUACAUGGCGAAUACCCAAUCAUUCAAGGCCAAGUUGAGGUCUCACAGUGCUCCAAAGCAAAGGCCCGACCAAGGGCCCAAGAAGAGGCUUUCAUUGAAUGAAAUGUUGGAGUCAAGAAAUAGUCUAAGUGGGGUUAGAAUGCAAAGGUCAUGUUCACAAGCUCAAGAAGUGAUUAAUUUCAAGAAUGCAGUAAUGGGUAAGCUUGAAAGGUCUUCAUAGUGGGUCUCACCCCCCUAUCUGUCUCAUGUCUGUGUCGUAUUAUGUGAAACUAAAUAGUUAAAAAUGAAAUUAUUAUAUGUAAAGGAUGUGGGCAAAAUAAUAAUACUAUGUACUAGAAAAAAAAUGUCCGAAAACAAUGAAGUGAAAAAAGAAAAAAAAAAGAAAAAAAGGGGUGUGGGAGAGCUAGGCAGUGGUUUUUUAGGGCUUGAUAGAGCAUAAUACAAUGUGUGUAAAGUUAUAGGCAAGAUGUGAUUAGAGCCUGUUUUCAUUUCAGUUUAAUGUUGGUUUUUUACCAGUGAAAUCUAUAAUUAUUGAAUCUUUUUUGCUUUUGGCUAA